AUGGGCAAGUCAUCUAAAGACAAGCGCGAUGCUUACUACCGUCUCGCCAAGGAACAAAAUUGGCGCGCCCGUUCCGCCUUCAAACUUAUCCAGAUCGACGAGAGAUUCGACCUAUUCGAGCACGAGAACCCGGACAAUGUGACGAGAGUCGUGGAUUUGUGCGCUGCACCUGGCAGCUGGAGUCAAGUACUCAGCCGUGUGUUGAUCAAGGGCGAGAGCUUCGGCCGUCGGGCAUGGCUCGAGAAAAAGCGCAAAGAACAAGAAGGGUUGGACGCAGAAACAACAGCCGAUGAAGAUAAAAUGGACUACACUCAGCCUUGCCCAAGCGCCGAACUAAAGCCUCGGAAGAAUGUCAAGAUCGUCUCCAUCGACUUGCAACCUAUGGCGCCACUCGAAGGCAUUACGACCCUGAAAGCCGACAUCACACACCCCUCCACGAUUCCUCUUCUCUUGCGUGCUCUGGACCCCGAAGCAUACGAACAAUCCUCCAACCCCUCCGACACUCAAUCGCCAGUCACAGAAGCUAUCAGACAACCCCAUCCCGUCGAUCUGGUUAUUUCCGAUGGUGCUCCCGAUGUAACAGGCCUCCACGAUCUAGAUAUCUACAUUCAAUCACAACUUCUCUACGCCGCACUAAACCUCGCCAUGGGCGUUCUCCGACCUGGUGGCAAGUUCGUUGCCAAAAUCUUCCGCGGGCGCGAUGUGGACCUUCUCUACGCGCAGCUGCGGACUGUCUUCGAGCGCGUGAGCGUCGCGAAGCCGCGCAGUAGUCGCGCUAGUAGCUUGGAAGCUUUCGUGGUCUGCGAAGGUUUCAUUCCUCCCGUCAGUGACAGCGGAGUGGUCGGCAUGGCCGCAUUGAAGAAUCCCCUCUUCGGCGGUGCCGCUGCCCCGGUUGCUGUAUCGCAAGAUGGCAAUGUUGGUGUCGAGGUGCGCGAGCAAAUCGAUCAGGACAUGCAAGUCCGGGAUACCGUAGUCCAGCCUGUUGCCGAUAACACUGCUGCGCCAAAUCAUACUACCGAAGUCCGUCAUCUUCAGACCACAACCUCAUCAGAAGAUCAGCCCCGACCUCAGAAACUUUCCAACAAGUUUUCCGUUGAGAACCGGUGGAUCCCUUCUUUCAUUGCAUGUGGUGACCUUUCCGCUUGGGAUUCCGAUGCAUCAUACACUCUGCCUCCAGACUAUGUUAAUUUGGAUCCUGUCCAGCCACCCACUGCACCCCCGUAUCGUCGGGCUUUGGAGUUGAGGAAGGAGAAGGGCGGUGCAUAUGGAAAAACCAAGUAUGGUCUGCCCAGUCAAGUUUGA